AUGGCCGCAGUCGUCAAUGGGUUGGGCGAUAGUGUUCUCCAUUCUUUUCCUGGCAUCCUACACACCGUCCUCCAGUGUACGCUGGAGAUGAUCAGCGAGGGCGAGGAUGUGUUUACUGAACUUCACAGCAAUUUCUUCAUUCUCCUGCAAGCGAUCAGCUCAUACGCUUUCCCGGCUCUGCUCACAUUGCAAACGGCCGAAAUAAAGGCCAUUUUGAAUAGUGUGAUUCGGGCAACCAAGCACUCCACGCCACAGGUAUCAAACCAAAUUUACUCUUGA